ACGAUGCCAGCGUCUCGCGCAUUAACAUUUACGCCGGACAUAGAUAAUAAUUUUGUAGUUGAUAAUAACACUUGUGUCGUACCAAGAAACGAUGUUAUACUUGUAGGUUAAGUAUGAUUCUGAUUCGUGUGAAUCCGAUGAAGACGUUUUGCCAUAGUUCCCUGCAUUGUCCCCCAAAAUGCUUGUACCGGAAGAAUGGCUAUGGAUGGUGAUAGUUGGUUUCAUCAUCGCCUUUGUACUGGCGUUUGGCAUCGGCGCCAAUGACGUCGCCAACUCCUUUGGUACAUCUGUGGGUGCCAAGGUACUCAGCCUCCGACAAGCAUGCAUCUUGGCCACCAUAUUUGAAGUUGCAGGCGCCAUCCUUAUUGGAUCCCGAGUGUCAGACACAAUACGGAAGGGUAUUAUCGACGUGAGUGCAUAUAAUGGCAGCGAGGCCUUACUCAUGGUGGGCAAUGUUGCCGCUCUCUCAGGAUCUUGUGUGAUGCUGAUCGGGGCAACAAUAGCCAGCCUGCCAAUCUCCGCGACACACAGCAUUGUCGGGGCUACCAUAGGUUUCUCUGUAGUGGCUCAUGGCGCCCGAGGCAUCGGCUGGAUGAAGUUAGGCCUGAUCAUUGGUAGCUGGUUCAUCAGCCCAGUCAUGUCCGGUAUUGUUUCAUCCGUCUUGUUUUUCCUGGUCCGCAAGUUCGUCCUCAAUAAGGAAAAGCCCCUCGAACCAGGACUGCGUCUCCUCCCAGUGUUUUAUGGCGUCACUGUGGUCAUCAAUGCCUUCUCCGUUUUCUACGAAGGAUCUGAAAUGUUGCACUUUGAUCGUAUUCCUCUGUAUGGUGUCUUCAUACUGUCGUUCGGCCUUGGCCUUGUGGUGGCGCUGCUUGUGUACUUCGUCAUCGUUCCCUGGCAACGGAAAAGAAUACAGGCUUAUACGGCCGUUGUGCGUCUCACUGAGUCCGAAGAGGGCGAGAAAACCGAGCCUAAAGUCGAUAUCUAUGUACCACCCACACCGGAGUCAGCCACCGGAGAUAGUAACCACAACACAAAGGACGAGGCUGCAAAUAACCAGGAAGACGAACAAACACAUAAGUUGCUCAAUGGCGGCCCUGAAGCAGGUAAGGGAGACGCCGAUGUGUCCAUCAGCACCGGUGAAACGGAAGGGGAACUUGAAACAGACAAUGAGGCGCGACUAGCAUUGGCUCGUAAGAAUGUGGAAGACAAACCGGAAACGGCCAAACUUUUCUCAUUCCUUCAAAUUCUCACCGCAGUGUUUGGGUCAUUUGCGCAUGGCGGAAAUGACGUCAGUAAUGCUAUCGGCCCAGUGGUGGCGCUGUGGAUGAUAUCAAUCGAUGGCACAGUAUCACAGAAGGCAGCCACUCCUGUCUGGAUCCUGCUGUACGGAGGUGUGGGAAUCUCAAUCGGACUGUGUGUUCUUGGCAGGAGAGUCAUGAAGACCAUGGGAGAAGAUCUGUCCAAAGUAACACCAUCUAGUGGGUUCUGCAUCGAGAUAGGUUCAGCGCUUACCGUCCUCAUCGCGUCCAACAUCGGCAUCCCCAUCAGCACCACCCACUGCAAAGUUGGCAGCAUCGUCUUCGUCGGCAGAGUUCGAUCCAACGAAAACGUGGAUUGGAAAUUGUUCCGGAACAUCAUCAUUGCCUGGCUUGUGACCCUGCCCAUCUCUGGAUUGCUAAGUGCAGCAGCGUUUGCCGGGUUGAGAGAACUCAUCUGAUUGGCUGCUUACGACCACGUGAUAAUGACGAUGUCAUUAAGAUGGACUCGAUCUCGAAGAGCAAUCUCAUACUGCAUCAACUGGGUAUUCACAUCUUUAGGUUAGUUUGUAAAUUGAUGAAGACGAGCUCUAUUUUACAAAGAACACAGAUUAGACAAUAUACCUUAUUACCAGACAGGUCCUUGCUAUAAAAGCCUUGAAACACGAUUGGUCCAUGUUGUAUGCCUUGGUACAGAAGGGUCCAUGUUAUCUAAGCCAUGAUGCCAGACGGGUCCAUGCCAUGAAAACCUUGGUAACGGGUCCAUGGUAUCUAGGUCAUGCUACCAGACGGCCCAUCGUUAUCAAACUCUUGAUACCAGAGAGGUCCAUUAUCUAAGCCUUGGUACCAGGUGGAUCCAUCUCAAGGCAUUCUCGGGUCCAAGUAAACGAACUUGUUCUGAUGAAUGAGUAUUUUAUUCUUUGCAGUCGUCACUGAAAUCCCGACUUCAUCUGCAAACUAGAAACUUACUGUUAUAAUUUGUUGUGAGAUGUUGAAAAGAAGAUUCUUAAUGAGCUUGCUUAUAUGGGAUGAAUGCAUUAUAUUAGUGCAUGGUGAUAUAUCUGGAAAUUGUGUUUGGUGUAAAGAUUUGAUUGGUGUGAAAGGUAUCCGAGUUAUGUUGCGGAAGAGGGGCAAAAAUCAGUCCCCCUAUUUUUAAUACCAAGGUCCUUUGAUCAAUGAGUCAUACAGCCUUAUAGGCAAGUAUCGCUGUCGAGAAACCCAAACUUUAUAUUUUUAUUAUAUGAUAAAUAUGAUUUAUGCUGUACAAAUGGUGCUGUUAUGUCAUUUGUACAGUGUAUGUAUCUAUGUAUGUGUGUACAUUGAUAGUGUGCAAGGCUUAGGCCAUGUACAACUGUACACCAGAUUCCAUUAAAAAGAUACAAUGUCGUAAAUUCAGUACAUGUUCAUGUUCAUGUAAACUUGACACUUCCGGAUGCCAGUGGGUAUUUUCGUAGGAAGACGUGCGUACGCACAUUAUCAAAGGGUGAUAUCACUAAUAUGACAGUACACCCAUGACGUCAUCGGUCAGUCGGUACAUUAUAUACUAGUAUUCAUCAACCCAUAUGAUUUUGCAAAUACAGUAUAUUUUUGCUAAUUUGAAGGGAGAUAUGCUUUAAUCGUGGCGUAUGCGUAAUUGGAAGUAGCUGUAGCAGAUCGUUAUGGUUUGUCUAUGUUAAACAUAGGUCGGCAUGUGUAUAUGUGUAAGAUUGUGCCAUAUGUGGCAGCUGAAGUUAUGUCGCGGUACUGUGCUGUGAUUAAUCGUGAUGAUUUCGCAUCAUGGUUACAUGAUAAUAACCCGUUUAUCCUUCAUCACUGUUUUCGAUAGUAUAUCAUCAUAAUAAUAUGCGUGUGUGUGUGUACAAACUAGAUCCAGUCACCUUGUGAUUGGAUCAGACAUGUUUGCUUCCUUUUGUGUCCAAUGACUCAAAAAGACUCGUGUUUAACAACAUAUUAACACAUUGUUCCUCAUUAAAUUGAAGAAACAUUCAGAAUAAUUUUAGCUUUGAUACAUUUUUAAAUAAACGUCCAUACACAGGCAACUAAACUGAUGCGAUAUUAAUAUGGUAUAUGAUAACGAAACAUUACUCCGAUCUUUUACCUUUUUUACAUGAAAGCACCCAGGAGUAGCGAUUAGGCUUUGUUAAGUGGGGCUCUGGGGUUUCGUGACUUGACAUACAGUCAUAUCAAAACGUCAUACCUCCAAGUCCCGGUAGCCUCGCGGUGUUUAGGUUGUAGUGAGGACGGUAUCAGGA